GGGGGAGGACCCCAAGGUUGCGAUGAAGCACCUGGCGGCGUGCGCUAGCGAGUCGGCCACGGAGAGGGUCACCGCUUUCGGGAUACCCAAGGACCGGCUGUUCCCGCUGUGGGACUGGGUUGGUGGCCGGUACUCAGUCUGUUCGAGCGUAGGGGCGCUUCCCUUGAGCCUCAAGUACGGCUUCCAGCAGUUCGACAGCUUCCUGGCAGGCGCCCGCAGCAUGGACAGGCAUUUCUUGCACGCGCCUUUGGAGAAGAACAUGCCGGUGCUUAUGGGGCUUCUCGGAGUCUGGAACAUCUCGUUCAUGGGGUACAAAACUAGAACCAUUUUGCCCUAUGCGGAGGCCCUCCUCAAGUUCCCGGCGCACAUUCAGCAGCUUCGAUAA